CAUCUCAAGAGCAUCUGACAUCUCUACAGACACAGACAUGCUUCUCUCUGCACUUCUUGUGCUGGGCAUCAGCCUGAUUCCUGCUCAUUCCAAACCUGCAGGAGAAUAUCUCGGCAGCCCUCUUCUUGAACAGUGUUUUAAGGAGGCAAAGAAAGUUGUUGAUGAUGCAUACAAGUACUCCAGGGAAGAGAGUCUGAGACGAGUCCGCAGGGAGAUGGUGCGUCCUCACGAUACUUUUCGUCUCCUGAAGCAGCCUCGUGGUGACUCGCGCUCAGCUGUGAGAUCCGCUGACUACAUGGCACAAACCCUCCGUCUGCUGCAGGAGAGGGUGCAUCAUGUCCACAAACGCUCACUCAACGCAACAGAUUUGCUCUCCGCAGAGGAUCUGCAGAGGCUUGCCGAAAUAACUGGAUGUGCAGCUCGAGUCAGCCUUCCAUCAUGCCGCACCACGCCAAACCUCAACAAGUAUCGCACAGCCACCAGCCUCUGCAACAACAUAGUUGACCCUCGCCGCGGAGCCUCCAACACCCCCUUCGCCCGCUGGCUACCUGCCGAAUAUGAAGACGGCAUCUCUCAACCAAAAGGCUGGAACAACACCCGAAGAAUCAACAACUUCUUGCUCCCACUGGUGCGACUGGUGUCCAACAACAUCCUUCGCACAACAGACGCAGGCGUUGUCAACGACACACAGUUCACUCACAUGGUGACCUUGUUUGGUCAGUGGAACGACCACGAUCUCACCUUCACGCCGUUCUCCCCCAGCAUCCGAUCCUUCAGCAACGGGAUCAACUGUGAUGAGAGCUGUGAGAAAACUGAGCCAUGCAUCCCCAUCGCGAUUCCUCCCGGCGACCCCCGCCUGCCCACUGGCCCAGACAGCUGCAUCCCUGCAUUCAGAUCCGCCCCUGUUUGCGGGACGGGAGUUUCUGCCUUCAAUUUUGGUGGAGAACCCAACAAGAGAGAGCAGAUCAACACCCUGACAGCCUUCCUGGAUCUCGGCCAAGUGUACGGCUCUGAUGAGAAGCUUGCCCGGUUUCUUCGCGACCUUGAAAGUGAUGACGGCCUGCUGCGCGUGAACACAGAGUUCAGAGACAACCGGCGUGAGCUCCUGCCCUUUAGCCCGCUCCAGGCGAACAUGUGUGCCACUCGCAGAAGAGUUACCAACGACACGAACGCCAGAGAGGUGCCAUGUUUCAUCGCAGGCGAUGGCCGCGUGGACGAGAACAUCGCUCUGACGUCCAUUCACACCCUGUUUAUGCGCGAGCAUAACCGCCUGGCUCGGGAACUGAAGCGUCUCAACCGACAUUGGGACAGCGAGACGCUCUACCAAGAGGCCCGCAAGAUCCAGGGUGCUUACACACAGGUGUUUGUUUUCAGGGACUAUCUGCCUCACAUUGUGGGUGACGACGCGAUGCGUAGACAGCUCGGCCGUUACCCCGGCUACAAUCCUAACGUGGACCCCAGCAUCGCCAACGUCUUUGCAACAGCAGCUUACCGCUUCGCUCACUUGGCCAUCCAGCCAUUCUUAGGGCGUCUGGAUGAAAAUUUCCGUGAGACCAGUCGGUUCCCCAGCGUCCCCUUGUUCAAGGCCUUCUUCACGCCCUGGAGGAUCAUCUUUGAGGGUGGAAUUGACCCUCUGCUCCGUGGCUUGACGGGCAGUCCUGCUAAACUGAACACUCAGGAUCACAUGAUGGUGGACGCUCUGAGGGAGAGGUUGUUCCAGUUUGUGAUGCAUCUGGCUUUGGACUUGGGCUCUCUGAACAUGGAAAGGGGACGUGACCACGGCUUGCCUGGCUACAACGCCUGGCGCAAGUUCUGUGGCCUGUCUCAGCCCCAGAAUCAGGCGCAGCUCGCUCAGGUCUUGAACAACAGCGGCCUGGCUCGCAGGCUGCUGCAGCUCUACGGUACGGCCGACAACAUCGACAUCUGGAUGGGAGGCGUGGCGGAGCCGUUCGUCCGUGGUGGCCGUGUGGGGCCUGUGUUCGCCUGCCUCAUCGCAUCACAGUUCAAGAGGAUCCGCCAGGGUGACAGGCUGUGGUACGAGAACCCAGGCGUCUUUAACCGGGCUCAGAGAGCCGCUCUGGCCAGGGCCUCCUUAUCCGGAAUCAUCUGUGCCAACACCGGUAUCACGUCUGUCCCUGUUGACCCCUUCAGCAUCCGCUCUAACACUAACCGGCUCACCCGCUGCUCCAGCAUCCCCCGCCUGAACCUCUCAGCCUGGAGGGAGAGACCAUGCACAGGCACGGGUGAUAGCUGUAAUGAAGUCAAUCGAGAAGAGACUGUGAACCAGAUGAACCAAAUGAACCAGCAGGACCACCAGGACCUCCAGGACCUCCAGGCCCUCCUGGACAACGAGGUCCAAUAGGACCCCCAGGCCUCCCUGGAAAGCUUGCACUCAACUCCAAUGCUACACAGCUACAAUCGGCCUUCUCCGUCCUUCUGGGCGAGUACAACCCAUCCUCAAAGAAAAUUAUUAGUUUCCGUCAAGUCAUCUACAACAAACAGAACCUUUACAGCAACAAAACAGGCCUGUUUACGUGCGUCAUCCCCGGUGUCUAUCAGUUCAGCUUUCUCAGCAUAUCCUUUGUCAGUGUGGGAGAUGUGGACCUGAAGUGCAAUACCAAGCUGGUGCUGCGCGGUUACAAGGUGUAUCAGGGAGGUCACUACUUGUCAUCAGGUGACACGGUGAUCCAGCUAAAGGCGGGAGACAAAGUGUGGCUGGAGGCCAGCGAGGGGACCACCGGGCUGAGCACCAAAAGCUACUUCUCUGGACACCUGCUGUUCGCAGCGCCUCCGGUGUGAACCACUAGCCUUUAAUGCACCAGUGGUAUGUCUGUUUCAGGGUCUGUUCUUAUUUAUCAACCUCUCUGCACGGAUCUUCAAUUUUUGAUUAAUCAUAUCAAAUAUCUAUUAUUAGUAAUUUACUUUGUUUUCGGGCCGAUGGCGCACAUCGUACAACUGUACACGUUUUAUAUUUUUCUCACAAAUGAACAAAUAUUUGACAAUUUUAACAAGCAGCCUAUUGAACAUGAACUUUUCUUGCAGCAAACCUAUUCAACUCUGUUACAGCAUUCAAUCUAUUGGACCGACAUUUAGACCAAUUUUGACGAUGGGAUUUACAAGUAUUGUUGUUUGGCACUGAUGAAAUUUAAGCAUAGAAAUGUGUGUUGUGCUUUUCUGUGUGGCUUUUUGUUUUUACUGUAAAUGUAUCUGUUGUUUUUUCCGUUCUAUGAAUAAACUAAAGAAUUAAAUGUGU